CUGAACUACAUCUCCCUUAGCACUUCGGCAGCCUGGCUACGGUGGUCGGUCAGGGGAUCGCGUGACGGCGACGGCCGCGAACUGCUCGGCAAGAUGGCGGACGAGGAGGGCGAAGGGCUGCAGCGCUCGGCGCCGGCUCCGCACCGUAACGGGGGGGGCGGGCCCGGGCCGGGGGGGCCCCGCGUCGUCCGCAUCGUCAAGUCGGAGUCCGGCUACGGCUUCAACGUGCGGGGCCAAGUGAGCGAGGGCGGCCAGCUGCGGAGCAUCAACGGGGAGCUGUACGCGCCGCUGCAGCAUGUCAGCGCCGUGCUGGGCGGGGGGGCGGCCGACCGCGCCGGGGUGCGCAAGGGGGACCGCAUCCUGGAGGUGAAUGGCGUGAAUGUAGAAGGGGCAACGCACAAGCAGGUGGUGGACCUGAUUCGAGCGGGAGAGAAGGAGUUAAUACUGACAGUGUUAUCCGUUCCGCCCCAUGAGGCUGAUAACCUCGACCCCAGCGACGACUCUUUGGGGCAGUCGUUCUACGACUACACCGAAAAGCAAGCUGUUCCCAUCUCCAUCCCCACAUACAAACAUGUGGAGCAGAACGGCGAGAAGUUUGUGGUUUACAAUGUUUACAUGGCAGGGAGGCAGCUGUGUUCGAAGCGGUACCGGGAGUUUGCCAUCCUCCACCAGAACCUGAAGCGGGAGUUUGCCAAUUUCACCUUCCCACGCUUGCCGGGGAAAUGGCCUUUCUCUUUAUCAGAGCAGCAGUUGGAUGCCAGGCGCCGAGGGCUCGAGGAGUAUCUAGAGAAAGUGUGUUCCAUACGAGUUAUUGGGGAGAGCGACAUCAUGCAGGAGUUCUUAUCGGAAUCGGACGAGAAUUACAAUGGUGUGUCAGAUGUGGAACUAAGAGUAGCACUACCAGACACAACAACAGUGACAGUCAGGGUCAAAAAGAACAGCACUACAGACCAGGUGUAUCAGGCUGUGGCUGCUAAAGUAGGAAUGGACAGCACUACAGCAAACUACUUUGCCUUGUUUGAAGUGAUCAAUCACUCCUUUGUGCGUAAACUGGCGCCCAAUGAAUUCCCACACAAGCUCUACGUACAGAACUACACUUCGGCGGUGCCGGGGACUUGUCUGACUAUCAGGAAAUGGCUCUUCACUACAGAAGAGGAAGCCCUUCUGAAUGACAAUGACCUCGCAGUUACCUACUUCUUCCACCAGGCUGUGGAUGAUGUAAAGAAGGGUUGCAUCAAAGCCGAGGAAAAGUCCUACCAGUUGCAGAAGCUGUCUGAGCAGAAAAAGAUGGUUAUGUAUUUAAACAUGCUGCGGACAUGUGAGGGUUACAAUGAGAUCAUCUUCCCCCACUGCUCCUGUGACUCCCGUAGAAAGGGUCAUGUGAUUACAGCCAUCAGCGUCAAGCACUUUAAACUCCAUGCCUGCACAGAGGAGGGUCAGCUAGAGAACCAGGUAAUAGCAUUUGAGUGGGACGAGAUGCAGCGGUGGGACACGGACGAAGAGGGAAUGGCAUUCUGUUUUGAAUACGCACGAGGAGAGAAGAAACCUCGAUGGGUUAAAAUCUUCACCCCAUAUUUCAACUACAUGCACGAGUGCUUCGAGCGGGUGUUCUGUGAGCUCAAGUGGAGGAAGGAGGUGGAGGAGGAAGCGACAGACAAGCAUAACAAGAACUUCAGUAAAGACAAUAUGUGCAGCAAGAAUAUCUUUCAGAUGGCCAGAUCACAGCAGAGGGACGCCGCCACUUAGCCCCUCCUGUCGUGGAAGAACGUAAACCCCCCCGAAAUUAACACUUAAAAAAAGAUUUAAAAAAUUCUGUUAUUGUAUUAAAAGCCCUUAAACUAAAUAUUAUUAAUAACAAUACCAUUUGUGAAUUUCAUGGUUAUGGAAUUAAGCAACUAGGAAAAAACCAGCAGGCUUAUCAGAGUAACAAGAGGGGAAAACUUUUCAACAACAGACAAAAUCCACCCAAGGGUAUUCUGUUUUUCUUUUUUCGUUUCACUUGGGUCCUGCAUUGGAAGAUGGACUGUGCUUAUAUUAUAUUUUUUACAACUGGAAAUAGAAAUGCCAUCCAUUUGCACUGUUCAGACAUAUAUAUGUAUGUAUGUAAAAAAAAAAAAAAAAAAAAAAAGUUAUAUAUACAGAAUACCCCACGUAUAUACAUAUAUAUCAAUAUAUUUCUUUUAAAAUUUCAUAUCAGCAGCAGUACCUUUUCUAAGCUUGCGUUUUUACACGCAUCUCUUUCCUCCGAAUCCAUCGUGUUUUUUUAAAAACUAACUUUAAUGGAAAAAAAAAAAAGAAAAAAAGUUACAUUACAGGGAAAUACCUCUCCUCUCAAAGGACCUUGACACGUUUACAGGCUUUUAAUUUUUUUUUCUUUUCAUUUUUUGCAAUGAACCUUUUUAAGAAGUGUGUAAAGCAGCUGGUUUCAGAGCUAGUGGGACAAGGAGAGAGGGGAUUUUGUUCACUGACGGUCUGAUCCUGCAUCCUUACCUCGGGUAGCGUUUUUAAAAUCAGUGGGGCUACUCACGGGUGUAAAUGUUCACGAAGGGUGUGAUGCUGUAAUUGAUGGGACUCUGUGAACACUGUGGGUAGGAUGGAUUUUGAGUUGGAGUCUUCCCAUUGGCCUCAAUGGACUUUGGAUCAAACCCCGAAGGAGCAAAAUUUACCUCUGUGCCGAAGAGCCAGAUUAAGGCCUAUUCUCAGUGUAAGGCCCACUGCAGCCAUAGUUUGAAGGGUUAAGUGGAGCUGGGAUGGUGCAUAGUCCUUGGGCAGGCUCUCUGGUCCUCAGGCAGAGGUGCGAAAAGGAGAGCCCAAAGCCGAAUUAGCUCCAUCCAGCUUGGAGGGGAAGUGAGGCUCCAUCUGUGGCUUUCCCCACUCCUUGAUCAGAUCUCUUUGGGGCGGGGCGAGACUGAGCCCAGAGCUGUUGCAGCCAAAGAUCUGGUAUCUUCCUGAUGGGCUUUGGCUGCUCCUUGCAGCUUUCCAGGACAGAAGCAGCGUUGUUUGGGUGCCUUGCUGACGCCCGUAUUUCACUAGCAGUCAGUCGGCCCAGGCAGGGUGGGGGAGACGAGGUCUGGCAGUGCAGGGUGGCGUCCCCGAGCAGGGACGGGUUUUAAACAACCCUGUCUCUGUGAAAAUUUGAACUGUUCUAGCCAGCCAAGCAACAGCCUGGGUAAUUGCUGUCCUUUCCUGCAUGUGCCCUCCGUCUGCCCUUGAGCAGAGCUUAGUGUGGUGCCGCUUUCCAGCUUCUCCAAGCGCUUCUCAGUGCAAAGACUUUUCUGAAGGGGAGGGGGCUCUGGCCCUGUAUAGACCAAGGUGUUAUGCAUUCCUACUGUUUCACCUCCCCCCGGCCCCAGGUGUGUGGUUCUAGGACUGGAUGUGGGGAGCCAGCUGCAGGUUGAAGGACCCAAGGAGGCAGCCGUAGGCUAGAGGACAUUUGAGGUCAGUUCGCUAGUGAGCGGUCAGGUCAUCUUGUCGCCGCUCUGGCUGAUUUAUUGCCUCGACGGGUGUUUUGGCAACUUCUUCCCGUGUUGAUCUAGGCUGGGGUCCCUGUGGAUCAUAGUGGUAACUCUUUACUCGCCCAUUCCAGCUAAUGGCAACGGUGCCCUUGCCAGUGACCUGAUCUGCUGAGUGUGGGGCCCAGCUGGCAUGGCAGCAGUACAGAGCUCUGCCCUGUUGUGGGACUCAGUGGCAUUGGAGGCCCCGCUCCUUGUCUUGCCUUCUGGGCAGGCAGGGCCGGAGCACGGCACAUUCAGCUCCAGGGUGGGUCAAAGGGAGAGGUCAAACAGGCCCACCUUUGAUUCAGGAAGAACCUCAGAGGGAGCCUGGGGACCUUGAAGGCGAGAGGCUAAGGAGCGUGGGACUGAAUGAACAGUCAGUGUAGACAGGAGGGGAAGAGGAGAGGGAAACGGGAGCAAUGGAAUUGGCUUACCGUCUUCAGAAAGAAGUCUAGGACAAUUGGCAACUUUCCCCUAAGCUGGGUUGUCUGUUCCCUGUGCAUCUGAGAAACUGCAAAGAAAGACUCAAAGCUAAAACAUGGGCAGGGCUUCCUGCUUGCUCUAACUUGAUAAACCCUUACCUUUAAGAAUCAAUCUCUUUAAUAAAGCAGGAUGACCCUUGAGGCUUGUGGUACCCAGCUUGCCACGUGUGGGAUCUGACACUGCAUUUCACGGCAUGAACCCAGUGUGGUCUGCCGGGAGGCUGCUUUAAACUGCGGGCCAGGAAAUGCUCUCUAAAGAUAGACCGUAUCCUUCCAGUCACAAGUCGAAGCGGGAGCAGCAUCAGCCUAGGAGAAACCUUGGCCUUGCACUUAGAAUCCAGUGUUCUGCUGGCCUCUAAAUUUUUGCUUACAAACUUUGUAUUUCUGGGUGUGAAUUAGGUAGCUUAGGUACACUAGUCUGAGUGAGUGCAAAGAAUUAAAGGCUGCAGUAGGAACUCUCUGCUUUAGAUCUUGAACCAAUUUCGUGUCCCUUCUGCAAAGAAAACAAAUUGAGCCAAGGAAGCUGGGUGGCUGUAUAAGGGGCUUUAAUACGUUAAUCCAUUGGACGCCUUGGUGCACAGAAACCCGCCUCCUUUAAUUUGGUGUUGCUGGAUGCAACUUAAGUAUCUGGGCCAACAGGUUAUGCAAACCAGCUUUUGUGCUCUGUAGAUGGCGUGAGGAAAGCAGCUUCUAAGUUUUCUCAGUCAGAACUGGAUUUGAAAUGCACCUGGCUCACUCAAAGCUAGAUGCUUAUUAAAAUAAGAAACUUUGUGGGGGUUAGUGCUUUUAGAAGCAGCUGAAGUCUACAUUCAGGGCAGCUGCGAAAGCAUUAUCAUUUAAAUAUAUGGACUUAAAGUUUUUGCAAAUAUCCCUCUUACUUCCCACCUCCUUUCCUGCUCUGUGGCCUCUAGAUGCCCCAAGGCUUAAUUCCCUCACAUCCCUGAAUCAUUUAAUUUAACACAACCCAGGGGUCACCCAAUGAAAUUAAUAGGCGGCAGGUUUGAAACAAACAAAAGGAAGUAUUUCUUCACAUGAUGUGCAAUCAGCCUGCAAAACUCGUUGCCAGGGGAUGUUGUGAAGGCCAAAAGUGUAACUGGGUUCAAAAAAGAAUUAGAUAAGUUCCUGGAGGAUAGGUCCAUCGAUGGCUAUUAGCCAAGAUGGUCAGGGAUGCAACCCCAUGCUCUGGGUGUCCCUAAACUGCCAACUGCCAGAAGCUGCGACUGGAUGACAGGGGAUGGAUCACUCAAAAUUGUCCUGUUCAUUCCCUCUGAAGCAUCUGGCACUGGCCGCUGUCAGAGACAGGGUACUGGCUAGAUGGACCAUUGGUCUGACCCAGUGUGACUGUUCUUAUUUUCCAGCCCUGUGUACAGGGACAUAUUGCAUGUGAUGUAGGACCUACGUAGUGAUGAAAACACAAAAUAUUGGUUGGAACGUGCAGUGAAUUAUUUUUCACACCAACUUUAGAUCUAAGCUGGUCAGAAACAGGGUGGGUUUGGGGAGCAAUAUUAGGUUUUCCCUGCAGUCCCAGACUGCUAGUGGCUCUUUUGGGCCGCAAGAUUCUUCUCUUUGUUAUUUAAAAGAAGCUUUUUGUAUACUAUAACACCUGUUACUCCAUGCAGCAGAGAGUCACUUACAAUAUAGGGCAGCCCAAACCACUGGCCAUGGGCAGAUAAUCCAAAGUUUGGGGGUGUGUUUGAAACCUGUUCCAAUGGUGUGGCUGGGGAGGGACAAGUGCUGUUGGGUUAAGAAUGCUUGUGCCUUUCCAAAGUCACUCUCUCCUAAAGCAUCUUCCUGUAGGGCAGUGUUUGCGGUUUAGGCUGAGAGAGGUGUGGAGUUUGGGGUCUAUCUACCCAACUUCCUGCCGCUCAUUGGUGUUGGGAGCAGAAUUGGAAGGCUAUAAGAAAAGCUACCCACAAAAGGACCAUCCCCACCCUUCAUCAAAUUCCAUGGACCAUCCAGCCAUUCUUCGAUAAGCUAGCUUCCUCGUUUCCCUUGGUUAAUCCUUCUACUGCUAUAUUUCCCCACCCCGAGGGAGACCUCUCCCGCUGCCCAAUCAGAACACUGAACAGCUGUUGUUGUUGGAUCCUGCCGUUACCUUUCCAGGCGGCUCUAUCAAACUCUGAUGGCAGGAAAGCAUUUUCGUCCUGCACAGACGGCCAGAUCGCCACGGCGCUAGGGAUCGUGUGCCCCUCUGCCAGUUCAGUAGUGGGCGGAUGGGCUGUCUUGCUGGAGUGUGAAUUCUCCAGCACAGGAGCCCUUCAGAGCUCUUGGAGAAGUCCCCUUCGGUGCGUGAGGCAGGCAACUUCUUCUGGUGGUUAGAGCAGGGCACUGGGAGUCAGGAGACCCGUGUUCUAUUUCUGAUUCUGCCACUGACUUUCUGAGUGACCUCGGGCUAGUCACUUCCCCGCUCUGUGCCUCAGUUUCCCCACCAGUAGAAUGAGGUGUUCGUACCCCUCUGUGUAAAGCACUUUAUGACCCUUGACUGGGAGGCACUAUCCAAGUGCACAGCAUUAGCCUCUGCCCAUAAAUGACCCAAAGGACUGAAUAAGCUACUGGCAAUGUCUCCCUUGUGUAUGUAGAGACGAGAUUGUCUCAGAGCCCCAGUCUCAUCAGCAAUACCUUUCCUUCUGUUCUCAUCAGAACAGAUGGAACAAUCUCAGCAGCAGUGUUAAGAGCCCCUCCCCGGUCUCUGUUCGUUGGGCUCGGCUACUCACAUGACUCAAGUCAGAGGAGUUCAACGGGUUUGUAUGUCACAGGAAUAAGCACUGCUUUUGGGAGCCUCUGGAGGAUUCCAUGUUCCAGCAGAGAUCUGUGUUAGGGGGGAGGCUUGGACCCAGAGAGCUCUGCAUGCACAGCCAGCUUUGCUUUGCUGACACUUCUCUGCACGCCGCCAAGUACCUGGCUAAGGCUGAGGAGAGAACCCGAAAAGGCUGUUUUGAGGGAUGCUAAGCUAGGCUAUUCCUCCGGACCAGCAGGAGUGGACGGUGGAGGUCAGACUUGCUCUGCAGUGUUAUGUGAGGAAUGCAGAUUCUGUGCAACUUGUAUUCUCCUAGUAUUAGCUCCCUUGGCAUCCAGUGUGGCUGUGAGCAUGUCUAGAUAUUUUCCUGCUGGGAAGGAAAUAAGGGAGCCCCAGAGAUCUGGAGCUACAUUUGGGCCUGGGGGACCAAUUAUUGGGGUUAUUGGGUGAAAUGUGCUAGCUGUGUCGUUGGACAGGAGCUGGUUUCCAUGGGCAGGAGGGGGCAGUUUUCACUACACGGGUUCCCCAAAAGGGGAGCCCCCCCAAUGCUUAACUCUUUCAUUCCCCAAACACCUCCCCUGCCUGUAAUUUAUUCAGGAUCCAAGUCUCCCUUCCCUCAGUGUUGGGGUGCACCUUGAGAAGGUUUAACUUGCCUCUGCUUAUUCCCUAAAAUCCAGGGGUUGGGAGGGGGGAGAUCCCCAUAUUUCUUAUGACCCUUUUCACACAGGCAGUAGCUCUGUAAUCAGCCAUUGUGUUGCCAGGUUUCUCUCAGUCCACUGGAUUUAGGGAAGGAUUUGUGCCAAUACUCUUGAUUUUCCAUAGCUAAAGAAGCUGGAAAUCUCUUUGCAGCAGUAAGUUCUGCCGCAGGACCCAUGUAAAAAACAAAAAUGGAGCGAGAGCCAUAAACAUGAAAUUUCACUGCUGACUGAAGUAGGUCGACUUAAGAACUAGUAACCUCCUCCAGUUGACUUCUGUGCUGUGACAUUUAACCAUUGUUAGGUAUGUUGCUCAUUCUGUCUGUUUAGAGAACUAGAAAGCAAGCACCUUUGCUCACGUCAGAGUGCUGGAUUUGGGGGCCUGAGGGGGAAGAACUGAAAUUUCCAUUCCCAUAGGACUGGUCCUGAAAUGCUGGGUUUUUUUGUAUGUGUUUAAGUUUUGAAAGAAACGGGUAAUCUCUGUCAAUUUCUCUUCCUUUUUUCUUUUUUUUUUAAAUCCUUGGCUGAUAUAAUUUGUCCUACUUUUGGUGCCAUCAGAAAUAAACAAUGAGGCUGUCUCUCUAUCUUAACGCAGGUCACUUUUUAAAAAGAGCUCCAGUGCAUAAAUGCAGCACCAGCCCUUCCAUUUCCAGACUCUUUACUUUUCAGAUUUUUUAAAAAAAUCAAUUGAUAGGCUUUGGCAGCUCUGAUGUCAGAUCUAUAAGCCCGAGCACAAGUUAAAUAGGUCAGGCUGCACUUGCUAUAAUAACUGCUUUCCUCAAAUGCUCUCUGAAUUAAAUAGGUAGAAGAUGCAGCUGAUGAGGAAGCCUUAAUUAGACAAGAAAUAAACUUCUCAGCCCCCCUUCCUCCUCUGAUCCUGAUGGUUUGCAGUAAUGGCCAGAGCAAGGUAAUUGCUUCUUUGCUGUCUUGCAGAUUUUUCUUUUUUGCUCUGUUUUCUCCACAUUUAUACAGACCAGAUGAGGGAGAGAAUAUAUUUUAUUGGACCAGCUUCUGUUGGUUUCGAGCUUGCGCAGAGCUCUACUUCAGGGCUGGGAAGCUAACUCAAAGCCAGAUGUAUGGGCUCUUAACCUGAUUUGAGUGGCUUCGAUGGCCAAGGCUCUGGGAAAAUUAUAUUUUUAUCUGUGCAAAAGCUUUUCACCCCCUGCAAACCAAAGUUCGUGAGUGAUGCAUUUGUAAAAACCAAGUGGUUUACAGAUUAUAAUACACACACACACACACACACACACACACACACACACACACGCGCGCCUCUGGUUUGGAGGUGAAAUGUAUUAUUAAAGCUGAUGGCAGCCUAGCUCAUGGAGACAGUUCUAUUUUUCUAAACAAAUUUGUAUAAAGCCUCGACAGCCCUCGCACUUACCGAGCGAGCCUGGAUAUUUGGGGGAGCGGCAGGUGGUACGUUUCGCACCCAAGCAGGGUAUCCAAGAUGUAGUUUCAGAGUAACAGCCGUGUUAGUCUGUAUUCGCAAAAAGAAAAGGAGGACUUGUGGCACCUUAGAGACUAACCAAUUUAUUUGAGCAUAAGCUUCUGUGAGCUACAGCUUCAUCUGAUGAAGUGAGCUGUAGCUCACGAAAGCUUAUGCUCAAAUAAAUUGGUUAGUCUCUAAGGUGCCACAAGUACUCCUUUUCUUUUUUCAAGAUGUAGUUGUCCUUCAGCGUGAGGCUCUUCUGCUUCCAGCUAGCCCAUCAGAUUGCACUAAACCAGUUCAGCAGCCAGGUCGUUUGGACACAAUACAGCAGCUUCCCAUUAGCAGGAAGGCCCCUUGCUUGCUCCUGACACAUCCUUCUCCCUUCUGGUCUGCAGCACCAGGCCCUCUCCUCUUGUUCAUCCCUUGUGCGCCCCCCUGCUGACAGGUAGAGAGGCGGAAACUCUCUGGAACCUUACUGCUCCCAGCCUUUGGAGAGUCCCCACACCCCAGCCCAGUCUGCAUGCGAGAGACGCUAUCCUAUCCCCUUUCUAGAGGAAACUGUAUUGAAAUGCAGGUUUAUAGAAGGUGUUACCACAGCUUCAGAAUUCAGCUUAGCAAGCACCCAGCUGCCGUGUCUGCUUUAUCCCUUGACCGUCUCCAGCCACCGUCCGUCUCUUCCUGGUUUAGAUUCCAGCUGCUCUAGCUUAGAAGUUCCCUGACCUGUUACCUUGCACCUCUUAGCCAGUCGUAACAAAGCAACUGCCCUAUAGCCAAGGCCACAGACCAUUGUGUAUGUAUAAGUAGGCUGUUACAUUGAGCUUUCGGGGGGAGGGAAUCCGCAUCUCAGUGCCCCCAAUAGAUCCCUUCCUCGGCAUUUUAUACCUUUCCCUGGUCAUCCCUCUUCCACCCCAACCCUGGGUUGAAGCGUGUUAUACAAAGGUUCGUCCGUGGAAGGAAAGCAACAGAUAUAACAGCAAUAAUACACCAGUCAGAGCUUUUGAUGUAAGGUGGGGGGGGAGUUCCCCCUCCUGGGGGGAUGGGAGGGGGAUUGAACGGAUGCCUGCUACUAAAUUUACAGAAAUUUUAUAUCGUCCCCCCCCCCCCCCCCGCUUUUUUUUUUUUUUUUUUUUUUUUUUUUUGAGCCAGUAAAAUAACCCAGGUUUCAAUCCCGGGCACGCUCGUUUUAAUUUAUUUGAGAGAACUCUAAUUGUAUUUUCACGGCAGUAUCUUGUAUUUUUUAUUUUUGUGAUUCAGAAAUGUGAAGAAGAAAACAAAACAAAAAACCGAUUGCUAACAGUGUUUCAUUCCUUGUUCUAUAGAGCUAAUCACUCUAAAAUUGUUUGGUAAAGUCACUUAGUGUAAUUAAUUGUAACAUAUUCUUUUAAAUAAAUUGAUUUAUUGAUGAAACUACUA